CAGGAUCGGGACCGGGACCCCCGGGGCCAUGGCCGAGGUGGGCGGCUUCCUGGGCUCGCUGGAUCUGGAUUUGCACGGAUUCUCCUCGUCUCUUGGGAACGCGGCGCUGGCCGACUCGCCGGGCGUCCUGAACGAGCGCCUGGGCCAGAUCGAAGGGCGCCUCCAGAGGGGCUCGCCCACCGACUUCGCCCACCUCAAGGGCAUCCUCCGCCGGCGGCAGCUCUACUGCAGGACCGGCUUCCACCUGGAGAUCUUCCCCAACGGGACGGUGCACGGCACCCGCCAGGAUCAUAUAUAUAAAGGAAUCCUGGAGUUCAUUAUCUUGGCCGUAGGGCUCGUCAGCAUCCGCGGGGUGGAUUCUGGACUUUACCUCGGCAUGAAUGAGAGAGGAGAGCUGUAUGGAUCAAAGAAGCUCACAAGAGAGUGUGUCUUCCGAGAGCAGUUUGAAGAAAACUGGUACAACACCUAUGCUUCCACUCUGUACAAACACUCGGACUCCGAGCGACAGUAUUACGUGGCUUUGAACAGGGAUGGCUCCCCUCGGGAAGGAUAUAGGACUAAAAGACACCAAAAAUUCACUCAUUUUUUACCAAGGCCUGCAGAGCCAGCUAAAACACCAGCACCAUACAGAGAUCUCCUGCACUACAGGUGAUGCUGUCGGAAGAUCAAGCAGCCAGUGUAUAUAUUCUUGGGUUGGCAAGGGUUUUUUUCCCCUCCCUCCCUCCCUCUCUCUCUUUCUCUUCCUCCUCUGGAACACUGUAUUACAUAGUCAUUCCAGCCUUCCUAUCAAAUCGAGAUAACAGACAGAAGGGCACCUAAGAGGAUUUUCCUUCAAAGCAUGUGUCAAGGUUGUGUUUACUCCUGUGAGAUGGGAUGGAAAAGGUGAGCCUCGAUCCCAAGCCAUCAUCGUGGGCUUCUUCCGAGGUUUUCUCUACCUGGUGGGCUAGGAAAAAUCCAAACGAUGACACAUGGAGAGGAAACGGUUUCGGAGAUGACAACCACCAGCAGCGCUGAUUCUCAUCUACACAACUGAGACCGACCGCAAGGCAGAGGACCGUAGAAAUGACUUGCGUACCGGUUGGCAAACCUGGAGUUGUGGUUACUUAUUAAGGGAGGGCUUUCCGAUAAUAUGGUUCUCCUAUUGGCUACUUGGGUUUUCAUCUGGUGGCCCUAAUGGACUCACGAGAUGUUUCUCGGACAAGAAGCCUUGACCAGUUUCUUGAGCUCACAGACUUCCGUGGUGGGAACAAGGACCGGAGAGCCGAAAUGAUCCAAGCCAAAUAACACAUUUUCCAACCCCAGGUCCUGAGAAGGAGGGAGUGUGUGCAGGCAUGUGCAUGCAUGGCAUACCUGUGAGUGUGUGCGUGCAUGCAUGCAUGAGUGUGUUUCCUGCUAUAGGGAGCUUAAGAGCAGAAAGGAACGGGGUCAGGGAGCUAACCUUUUAAAGAUGUAAACAUGAUAACUGUUCAUAAGGAGAAAUCUAUUUAUAAAGUGUAUAUGAUAUUUAUUUUAUAUAUUUAUUUAUUUCAAAAUUCUAUUUUAUUUUUUAAAAAGAGAGAUAUUAUGGCCCAAGUUACUGGAAUAGGA